AUGGCGAUCAUUCCACGAUACUACUGUAGCAUCUACGAUGACAACUGCAACUCAUCUUGGGAUAGCUGGGGUCGCUGGGUAGCCUUCGGCGUCAUCGUUGGCAUUGCCUUCCUCGUCUUCUUCGCUUUCGCAUGCUUCAACGCCCGCCGCCGUCGCAACCACGGUCUCCGCCCCUACGCCGGCACAGCAUGGAUGGCUCCUCCCCCUGGAAAUCCUCCUCCCAACCAGCCCGUCUACCAACAACCAUACGGCGGGAAUGACCCAUACUACUCGCAACAACCACCACCUCAAUAUUCAGCCAACCCCCAGAACUAUGGUUACUUCGGUGCCCAACAAGCACCCGGUCAACAGCAGAGCGGUAUCGAGCUCCAGCAACCCGCUCACGCUCACGGCCCCGGCCCGCGCGAGUACAGUCCCCCUCCCGGCCCUCCUCCCGCGAAGGCAUGA